AUGGCAACUUUCACGAAGAUUGUGCAGAUUUCGAAAGCUGUAAAUAAUGUGACGAAGUUGUUUACGAAUUUAAUUUUAUCGCAAAAUAUUAACUCUAGAAGUUCAAUGUUCAUUCAAAGGAUGCCUACUUUUCCAUGUAGUCUCAUUCACACUACAUGUAAACGUUAUGACUUGAUGGAAUUUUUUGAUGAUCCAAAAAAUUGGGACAAAAAUAAAGUACGUGUUGGCCGUUCUUGGCAAAAAGAUGAACUAAGGUAUGUGUUAUUAAAAGAACGCAAUAUGCUGUUAACAAUGGAAGAAAUUUAUAAGCGAGAAUAUAAAUAUUUUCCAAAUCCUGAACGAAUUGAUAAAGUUGAAGAUAGCAUGGCUAACUUAGAAUCAAUAGUUCGUGAAAGGAAUAAAGCAUAUUACAUGCUUGAAACUGGAACAACUGGAGAACGACCUGUAACAUUAAAAUAUAAUCCUCUUGGUUUGCGUUUCCGUUAUCGAUUGCAACAAUAUUCUAGACCAAAACAUGCAAAUCCUGAAUGGCAUAAAACACAUAAAUUUGGUUAUGGUGGAUAUGCAGUGUCUAAAUUUUUGCGACUUUAUAGAGAAAAAUUAUGGAAUGAAAAACGUAAAUCAAGAAAGUAUGUAUUUCUUCAGUAUAAUUAUAAAACAAUUUUUUUAAUGAACCAUCUCUAAUCUGUAAAAAUCUUUGUUGUUUCAGUCGUCAAAUAAAUAGGGUAGCUACUUUGAUGCGAAUUUUCCCCAAUCUUGAUAUGGAAGCUGUGAAAGAACAAUAUCCAUUGGCAGAUAUAGAAAAGGUAAAGAAGUUAAGAAAGACGGAGGGACAUUUUGUACGCGAUUAAAUAUCUUUUUUCAUUACAUAGAACUUAAAUAGAUUGUAAUAUUGAUAAAGAUAUUUUAAAUUAAGAUAACAUUAAAUGUUAUUGCUUAUUCUCAUUACAUGUUGUUUUACGUACAAUUCAAUUUAAAAAAUACCGGCAUAAAUUGA